CGCCAACCGAUCUUCCCCUAUAACAGCUGCCAUGAUCACCGGGAAGGACAUAUACGACGUGCUUGCGGCGGUGGUGCCGCUCUACGUGGCGAUGAUCCUGGCCUAUGGGUCGGUGCGGUGGUGGAAGAUCUUCACCCCGGACCAGUGCUCGGGGAUCAACCGGUUCGUGGCUGUGUUCGCCGUGCCCCUCCUCUCCUUCCACUUCAUCUCCACCAACAACAUUUACGCCAUGAACUACCACUUCAUUGCCGCCGACUCCCUGCAGAAGGUGGUCAUCCUCUUCGCGCUCUUCCUCUGGCACGCCUUCACCAAGCACAGCAACCUCGAGUGGACGAUCACCCUCUUCUCUCUCUCCACCCUCCCCAACACGCUGGUGAUGGGCAUUCCUCUCCUCAAGGCCAUGUACGGCGACUUCUCGGGCUCUCUCAUGGUCCAGAUCGUGGUGAUGCAGAGCGUCAUUUGGUACACCCUCAUGCUCUUCAUGUUCGAGUACCGAGGCGCCAAGCUCCUCAUCAACGAGCAGUUCCCCGAGACCGCGGGAUCCAUCACCUCGUUCCGGGUCGAGUCCGACGUCGUCUCGCUCAACGGUCGUGAGCCGCUGCAGGCCGACGCCGAGAUCGGUGAGGACGGCAAGCUCCACGUGGUUGUCCGCAGGUCCAACGCUUCCUCCAUGAUCUCAUCCUUCAAGUCUCAUGGCCUCAACUCCAUCACGCCGCGCGCCUCCAACCUCACCGGCGUCGAGAUAUACUCGGUGCAGUCGUCCCGAGAACCGACCCCAAGGGCUUCGAGCUUCAACCAAACGGACUUCUACGCCAUGUUCGCGAGCAAAGCAGCGAGUCCCAAGCACGGCUACAACAACAGCUUCCAGGGAGGAUUCCCGGACGUUUACUCGUUGCAGUCGUCCAAGGUGGCGACACCAAGGACGUCCAACUUCGACGAGGAGAUGAUGAAGAUGAGCGGCAGCAACAACGCGAACGCCAAAAGACGCGGAGGGAGGAGCAUCAGCGGAGAGCUCUUCAACGGGGGUCUAGGUAACAAUGUCUUCCCUUCGUAUCCGCCUCCAAACCCGAUGUUUUCGGGGUCGACGAGCGGCAAUACGAAGAAGAUGAAGGACGGUGGGAACAACAAGGAGCUGCAUAUGUUCGUGUGGAGCUCAAGCGCGUCGCCGGUGUCCGAAGGCAACAUGAGACAGGCGGUGAAUAGAGCCACUUCCACUGAACUAGGUCUCGUCGAUGCUGCUAACGCAUCUCUUCAACAUGCAGAAACUGCUCCUACCAAUUCCAAAGCAGGAAUGCAGGAUUUGAUAGAGAACAUGAGUCCACCGCCAGGAAAGAGAAUAGUGGAUGACAAUAACAAGGAAGUGGAACAGCAUCAGAUAGAGGAUGGAUCAGGCGCUUGCAAGUUCCCAGCGAAUGGGUCACCUUACGCCAACAGCUGCCAGAAGAAGGUGGCCGACGAGGAAGAUGGGAUUGGAGAGAAGAAGAAGCAACAGAUGCCGCCGGCGAGCGUAAUGACAAGGCUCAUCCUCAUCAUGGUUUGGAGGAAGCUCAUCCGCAACCCUAACACCUACUCUAGUCUCCUCGGUCUCGCCUGGUCCCUCAUCUCUUUCAGGUGGAACAUCGAAAUGCCCUCGCUAGUAAAAGGAUCCAUCUCGAUAUUAUCGGAUGCUGGUCUUGGAAUGGCCAUGUUCAGUCUAGGUCUGUUCAUGGCGUUGCAACCGAAGAUCAUAGCGUGCGGGAAAUCAGUGGCCACAUUUUCAAUGGCGGUGAGGUUCUUGACCGGCCCUGCCGUGAUUGCGGCAACCUCCAUAGCCAUCGGCCUUCGUGGUGUCCUUUUGCACGUCGCCAUCGUCCAGGCUGCUCUUCCCCAAGGAAUCGUUCCCUUUGUGUUCGCAAAGGAGUAUAAUGUUCAUCCGGACAUACUCAGCACCGCGGUCAUUUUCGGAAUGCUGGUAGCCUUGCCCAUAACAGUCCUCUACUACGUACUUCUCGGGGUCUGACUUUGCGCGACGAGUUAAUGCAGAGGGCCACAGCUCUCGUUUCAGAGAGAAAAUAGUGGGUAGGCCCGGCACUGCUCGUUUCAACUCCGAUUCGAGUCGGGCUAAGCUGGAUCGAUGAACAGCCACAUUAUUUCAAAAGUUAUUGCGUUGGAAUGAGUUCGACGAAAGCAUAAGAUAGCAUGUCGCGCGGAUCAAAUGGGGCUAAGGAUGUAAAAGCCUUCUUUGUGGCUCGUUUGGUCAAUGUAAUCAAUUUGUUUAAUCUUGUUUUCUCAGCGACAAGUUAGGCGGAUAGUGAUAGGGGAGACUUAGAAGAUCGUGCCUGAUAGGAGUUGAAAUCUAUGUGUAACUUUAGUUUAUUUUUGGUAGCGUGCACACCAAUAUCAAUGUAGCU